UCUCGAAGUCAUUCUUUGUGGAGUAUUCGAAGUGAGUGGUCGGUAGACGGCUGUUCGUGCCGUAGCCAAGUGGGUGCAUCGCAUACGAGAAAGCGGAUUUCCACCGAACAUCCGAGAUCGGCCGCGUGUGCUUGUGCGACCGUUGCACACUUGCCUGCAGUUUUCCGCAGCGACGGCGAAGGGAACUCAUCAGGUUGCAAAAAGUGACUCGUCUCGGUCGCAUGUGGAGGAAAUGUUUUGUGAAUCCGUUCCAAGACCGCACAAGUGCAUUAUCCGCGGAUGAGGUUCUGCAGUUUUCUGGUAAUUACAUAAGAUUCCGAGGAGAAUUAGUGGAAAAGCUGCCCGGGCUGAUAAGAUGUGAAAUGCAGUGAAUUUUUUGGGUUUUUAUUCGGGAAAAUAUAAAAAGUGACGCAUCGCGAGUUGCCCGUUUCAGAUUUGUGCUUUGUGAAGAUGCGGCCGCAGUAGAAAUCAGAGAAAGGAAAUAGUUGCGAGUGCCAGAAGUGCCUUUUCCCUUGCGGAUGUUAUGCUGGAGCGACGCUCUGGCUUCUACUCUAAACCGUCGUUUCUAGCCAUCGAAGUGGCGAGCGGAAAUAGUUCGCUCUAAGUCUAGGUGUGUGGAUGCAAUGCGAAAAAGUAUGACAUGGGCUCGUGUACCAGGCGACACUUCCUGUUGUCAACAUGCUUCCUGCAAUUGAUUACAAUUGUCGAAAGACAAGUUUUCGAUUUUCUGGGUUACAUGUGGGCACCGAUCAUAGCAAAUUUUUUUCAUAUAAUUUUCGUAAUAUUUGGAUUUUACGGAGCAUAUCAUUUUCGAGCUAAAUAUAUAGUAGCUUAUUUAAUAUGGAAUUUUAUUUGGAUUGGAUGGAAUGUGUUCCUAAUUUGCUUCUAUUUAGAUGUCGGCGUUCUAGACAAAGACAGCGAUAUAUUAAACUUGGGUACAGGUAGCGUAUCAUGGUUCGAAGUGAAUGGAUAUGGUUGCAUACCAACUUAUCCUACAAACAUAACAAAUGAAGAUCUCUCCCGUCCAGUUCGUCCAGAGCAAGUUGAUAGUUGCUUGAUUGAUUAUCCAAUAGUUGAAGUUAUACAUUCAGGAAUACAAUGUAUUUUAGCGGUUCUUGCCAUUUUGGGCGCUAUUCUAAUAGCAGUAAUAUUUUUAGAUGAAGACGAUCGGUUCGAUUUCAUGGGUGGUGAUGCGAAAAGUCCACAACAUACCUGUGUACACCCGAUGUACGUGAGCUAUUCUAGUAUACCGACAUCAGCUAGUACAACAAUGUUAUCAAAUAAGCAAUUUCAUAAUAAUAGUAAUGCAAUAAGUGCUGAUCAAUCUAAUACGCAACUUAAUAGUAGUACUAACCCGAAAUCAACACCGCCAUCUUCACCGCUAUCAUCAUCAAUGACUCAAAAACAACAGCCAAAAACGGCUCGUAUUCAAAGUCGCAAAAAUUCCGGUUCGUCAAAUUACAGUAGCUUCAUAAACCGUCCUGAUAUAAAAUAUACACAAGUUUCAACCGAGCAGCUAAUGUCAAAUUUAGAUGAUAGUCAUGAAAGUUUUUCAUUGAAUACAUUUCAAACGGCAGCUGAUCAGAGCGGUAACACUUACAUACCUUUUCAAAAACCAGUGCCGAUUAUUUCAGGACAUGAUAACAGUAUGAUUAAUCCACUUUGCGAAAGUACACACACUAUAACCAGUAACAACAAUAACAAUUUGAACAGUUCAAUUAGCAGUAAUAUGAACAAUAAUAAUUUCCCUGAUCCUAAUAUCAAUUCGAACCAAAUACGCGGCAUAGUGAAUCCUUUGAUGAGAUCGCAGCCCGUGCAAUGGAAUGAUCAAUAUCAUAACGAUCACGAACCGCAUCCGCAACAUAAUAUUCAUCAAAACUAUCAUUAUCCGCAUUCGCAUCCGCAUGUGAUUCACCAACCAUAUCCUGACGUUUCACCUGAGAGCACUGAAAAUUAUGUAAUGCCUUAUCAAUAUGUAACGCGAUCGCCAAAUUUGAAUCGUAUAUCGGCUCGUCGUCGGCAUGAUCGUGUGCAACAGCAGCAAGUUGCAAAUUUCUGUGAUCAAAUUCGCGAUGCACCACCUGGCUACGAUGAUGCAUAUAUUGCUCGCGCGAAGUCACAAGAUCGAUUAUCAAAUCGCAGACGUAAUCGACAGAAUGUGAAUCGGAAUAAUCAUCGGCCACGAUCUUAUUGUGAUAAUGCAAAUAUAAAUAUUGUUACUGAUAGAUUGUAAAGAAUAAUUCGAUACCAAUCAUAUUUUAUAUAAGUACACGUUUUAUCAUUUAUUAUUUUUUUUAUUUCAAUGAUAGCUAGAACGUGUGCUUGGUUACUUGAAGUAGUUUAACUUUUUUACAUUGAGAUGCAGAAGUGCUUAGAGUGACUUUAGAGCCUUCAAAGAACGUUAACAUAUGCAUGAAGUAUAUAUAUUUAUUAUAUAUUAUAAGCUUAUGAGUUUAUAGAACGAGAACAUGCUACUCUUCUCAUGAUUUAGAAGUUUAAAACUAAGCCGAAGAUUCAUUCAUUCAAAUAAAAUGGUGAAAUACGAUCAGUUUGAUGUUUAAAUCAUGCUGCGCUUUUUCUGUUUGAUAGAAAUUUAAAUACAAACAUAUCCUUCACAAAUUUAAUUGCGACGACUUGAUAACUUGGAAAACAGGCUUUAUUGAAAAAAUGCCACACCAAGAAGACUAUAGAUAUGAGCUGAAACUCAAAAGAAAAACUGGGAUAAGAAAUGAAUCAUUCGGUUUGAGGCCGAUCAAGGUCGCGGUGCGUUUUGCGUGUCUGUUAAUGUAUUGCGUGCCGUAUUUCUCUAGCACUUCUGUGUGUGCGAAUCCAUAUAACCAGGCAAAGAGCUACAAACAAGCGACAGGAAAUUGAUGAAGUGAAUGGGAACCAAAGCAAAUGAAGAUGCGCAGAACCCAACUGCGGCCUUGACUGAAAAGUCUCGCCCACCGGACACCAUUUUUUGUCCUGUAAAAAUGAAAGGCUUGCUUCGGCGGCUUUACCUCCUGUGUACAGUCUUCGAAAUUUUUCUUCUUCUGUAUUGACACGCCUCGAAAUCGGUUGCUAUCCAAACGGCUGCGUCUUCCAAGUACAUAGUAACACCCAACAGUGUUCAAUAAUAUGUUUUCUUUUUAUCCCUUUUAAAAGAUAGCUGAGAAUUCUUCAAUCGUUAGGUGGAUAUUAUUUGCUCAACUUUGAAUAUGAGUCAGAAAUCUUGCUUUGAAGGUAUUUAUUGUAUGUUCCCAGCGCCAUAGACGGUCCCUGGGUGAAGAUUAUGCCUUUCUUUGUUUUAUAAUUUUGUUAGUUUCUCUCCAUUCACACGCCCCACUCUUCCUCUCCUUUCUGACUGAAAAACGUGAUAUGUAAUGCUAGCUUGAUUUGCCUAUGCAUAGCGAUAACAUGAGAUAUUAGCAAUCAUCUUGGGUCCAGAACAGCUACAGAAUUUCAUCAACAGUUUUGUGCAGCAAGUCAUUCAAGUACCCUGUAUCGAUAUAAUUGAAUGAAAUAAAAGAGGCAAUAUGCAAUUAUGCAAUUCAUUAAGAAAUGAGAGUACCCGGCCCCGGUUAAAGACCAAAGAAGAAGAUUAAGCAGAGGUAGUACUUCCAUUGUAAAAUCAUCACUUCAUCAACUGUGAAGAUUGGAUCGCUUUUGAUGGUUGAUGAGUAGAAAUUGCUUGGGAAGAAGGGCGGCACAUCAUUUACGAAGAUGAUCAGAUUUUACGCUGUAUCUAACAAUGAUAACAUAGGACUGGAAGGCAUAGGGGGAAACCUAAUAAUUCCAGUAACUCUAUCUCAUUUUUGACAAUCCAAUUGUUAUGUCCAUAUACAAAACUUAUUGAUUAUCUCCAAGAAUAAUUUUCUUUUUUAUGUAGACUCCCAGUCGACAAAGGACGAGAAUUAACAUAUAUUACGCAAUCAUUAGAAGCUCUCUAUGUCCUUUCGGCAUGUUGUUUUUCAACGUACCCUCAUGUGUAGCGUACAAUGUAUUUCAUAUAUUUCUCUUCACAUUUGAUAUAAGACAAAAUAAACAUAAAUUUUACUAUAUCUCAAUCAAUCAUGAUGGUAAUUCCUGUUGUUCAUUGUGUAAUUUCUGAACAAAUCGAAUUGUUGUUGUGUUACUGGCAUGGGUACGAUAUUUCGGACAUGGACUCCAUGGUCAACGUAUUACUCACACUUUUCAGAGUAUUAUUGAUUGACUUAUCACUGCCAAAUAUAUUCAACUGUAAAUUGUUUCGCUAUAUUUUUGCCAUUUUUUUUGGGACAUACAUAGGUAUAAUCAGAUGUUCCAUAGUGUCGAUAUUGCCUGACAUUCCGUCAUAUAGUGUUGUCAUUUUUCUUAUACAGGUUACUUUUGUGAGAUUCUUCUCGGAAAUUAGUUCAAGCAGACACGAAAUAAACUCUUUCUUCUGACGAGAGCUCGUUGACAUUGGUCACCAUAGUCCUCUUGGCAACUCUAUUGUAAAGAAUGAAGCGUGCUACUUAGUUAAAUUUGGUGGAGGUAUUUUCAAUCCUUCAUGCCCAUUGCACUAUCCUUCACCCGGGGGGCUCGCGCUUUUGCGAAUCUGAGAACAUCUUCCACAAGCAGAGAUUGCAAAAAUUCUUGUUUGCAGGAGACCUCAGUCUACGUCUCAGACUUGAGGAAGCUGAGAAACUCCAUGGGGAUUGGAAGGCCGUCUCGUCCACUUGUUCACAAUGGCUACAUAUAGCCGAAAUCUCCACCCCAUUUUUUCUAUGUAUAGUUUAAAGAGCAGUGUCUCGUUAAAAGCCCCGCUAAGGUUUUUAUGUUACACUUGUUAAGGUACAAUAAAAAUGCUGCCUUAGAGUCCACGGGUUCUUUCAUAAAGAUUUUCGCCAGUCGGCAGCAAUUCAAAUUUCUCCAUUCGGUUGCGUGAACCCGUCGAAUUUCACUGUUUAAAGUAGACUUGAUAGUGCACGGCCUGAUGCCAAAUGCUGGCUCUGGUCACAUCUUUGUUUAGCCAGACUCUUGGCGGGACAAUCUGUUCGCAUCUUUAUUAUCAGCGAUAUACGAGUACCAUGGCGUCAAGAAUGUUUUCGUUCAUUCGGCCAAUUUUUAGGAGCAACUGGCCGCAACUCCACACAACUUGUUUGAUAUGGUGUUGGCAUUUAGUGAUCAUAACGCUGCGCGUCUGUUGGAAUACAUUUGAAUGGUGCUAUCCUGCCAUUUUUGUUGCAAACAUGCUAUUAAAGUGAGAUACGUAUAUUUCCGCUUAGAAUAUAGUCGUUAUCUUCCGAGGAAUCGAACCAGAUUCAUGCUCGAGUUUUCAACGGACACCCCUGAGCCCGAUCUGUCCUCCAUGGUCGCUCAAGAAAUUGCUUUUGAUUAACUAAACAAUCAUUCUUUUUUCUCUGGUGUUCACCACUGUUCUUCGUCCUUGCAUGAAAUGUGUCACGCGCGACAUCCAAUGAGCAGCACCCUACAGACAUAAUCUUAAAAAGCUAGUCCAAAUUUUGAAUAAUUGCCUCGUAUAUCAUGGUGUAUGGUUAAAUUUGAAUCAUCAGACUGAUACGAUCGCUAUUAGCGACCUGCUCAAAACUGAGAGCUUUUAGUACUUUAGAACGGCACUAUCCGCUGAACUGUGGUAUGAAUUACUUCAUGAAUCAGUGCACUCUAUAUGAAUCGAACCAUCAACGAAUUUCUUAAAUCCAAAGUGUACCUCAGCAUUGUUCACCAGUCCGCCUUCUAUGGUUCAAAGUGCUGGGCGCCCAGCAAAGGCAACGAACUUUACCUCAGAGUUAUAGAAACGAUAUUACCCUUGAUUAAAGGCAGAACUGAUAUUGACCGCGUCCGAAAUGAGGACAUUCACGAUCGAUGUCGCUGUCCAAUCGUCGAGAAAUUGUGCGAAAAGCAUUUUUAAUGGUAUGACGUAAACAUCGAAGCCGUAUGACUCAAAUGCGGAACGAGGAGGCAAUGACUUCACAUGCUAGAUGGUUAUUUGCAUACCUUUUGAUUCUAUCAGGACAAAACUUACCUAGCUCCUAUCCAGACGAAUCACCCCGCGGUCUAUCGGAACAAAAGCUAAAGAAAAAGAUCACCGUUUGUGAAGUUGUGAUCAGCUUGCUAUUAUGAGAAAUAAUUGUACAUUUUCAAAUGAUUGAGUGGAAAAUAUUUCAAUAUCAGUUAAAGGAGUUGUAUAAGACUUAUCUAUUCAAGUGUGCAGGACCCGUUUGCUUCUGACAAAUAAAAUAAAAUUUAAAAAUAAAAAAAGCAGUAUAAUUUUUAUAACAUAAUUUUCGUUUAGAAAGUUAGUGCACCGCUCACCUAUGGCCUUUUUCGCAAUAAAACUUCUACAAGAUUGCUUUAUUAAUAUCACGUUAUCCCAUCAUAUUACCAAACGAUUGGUUAUGUUUCAUAAAGUGAUAUUUAGUCAAAUAAAUGAAAUUUGAUAAAUUAAUUGGGAAAAUGUUGGUUAGAUGGAUAGGUACAAAUCCAAAAAAUAUGUGAUAAAAAUGAAUAAUGUCCAUAUGCAACGAAAUAUUAAUGCUAAUAAUGCAGUUUGUCCCAAUUCAAGAAAUCAUGGCUUUUAUAAAAGUUCACGAUAAAUACAACGAUAUCAUGAUUUUCAGUGCCAAACUGACAAUAGUCACAAAAAUUCAAACUUGUAUUGCUUAUUCAUUUCAUAAUUGCAAUAAUACAUUUCACAUGCUUACUACACACAAUCAUCAUUCAUAACAAAACAAACAGUGCAUGUUCAUGUUCACGUACAUAUUGAAAUGGAGAUUUUUUAUGAAUUCUAAAGCAAGUCUAAGUAGUAGAAUGUUAGGCCUUUUGAGGAUACCAGCGGAAUAUUUAUAAAAGCUACAAUUCUUAAAUUUCAAAUCAAAAUAGAUAUAGACGUUAAAACAUUUGUGGGGAAUUUGUACAGUACUCGCUUUCGAAGAAAUUGUUUUUAGAUGUGAGAACUAGUUAAAUUUAAAAGUAGACUAAAAUAUUGCGUUUGUUAAGUUGGGCUAUAUCACAGUGGUAUAAUUCAUGAUCUAUUUGUUAUAAUGUCCCACCGCUGUUUCGGUUUGUUAGGGUUCAUCUCAUUGGAUUUGGUUAAACUAACGUAGAAUCCUAUUUUGAGGUUUGGAUUUGGAAAUUAUCAACUUUUUCCUACAAGUUUUACUUGUUAAAGGAAGAAGAUGUUUCUCACAACACAAAGCCUAAAGGUAAUUUCUUUGUAAAGCGAGAGUAAACAAUUAUGUUUGUUAAUUACUUCAGCCGUUUCCAGUUACUCAAGACAUCUGUUGAUUCUUUGAUUGUCACAAACUUUUAUUGUUCAAUGUUUUAACUUUCUAUAAUAUACAUAUUUAUGAGAAAAUCUUUAAAAUAAUAAUUAAUAAGUGGAGCAACUAUAAAUAUUUUAGUACGUACAAGGUAUACAUGCUAUGAAUAGAUUCAUGAAAAGCAUAUAUAGAAUCAUAUAUUUUAUCAAUAAGUCAGACUAUAAAUGCUAUAAUGUAUCAUUUUGUAUUUUACAUGAUAUGAAAUAUUCUAGAAAGUAAUAUUUACAUUAUGUUCCAAUGGAAAAAUGCUUUUUGGCAUAUAAAGUAUAGUUUACACGCUAUCAAAGAAUGGCUAUUAUAUUAAAAACUAAGAUUCGUCAAUCAUUUCAAUGCAAUUUUCAUUUUGUUAUUAUGUUUUUAUCGAAGCAGCACGAGCAUUUACAAUUCAUGCAUCUUUCGCCUCAUCCAAAUCGAAAUGACACUUGUGUGUUGUUGAAAAUUCUAAUUUUCUAAAAUGUGUUCCUUAUCUCUUAAUUUUUAUUAUAUAAACGUUUCUGCAGAUUAAUUAUAUAUAAUUACAGACUCUGUUCGUAAAUACGUAAGACUGCAAAGGAUGUUUAUCGUAAAAGAACAAAUUUAACUCAAAUUCAGUGGUUAAGUAUUUUUGAAGUAUUGUUUGUUUCCCGUGAUAAAUGAAUAAAUGACUAUUACUUGGGAAAGAAAUCUGUUUUGUAUACACUUGUAUUUAUCUGUUGUGACGUUUUUGUGAUCUGAUUGUGAGGGAAUUUGUCACUAAAAGUGUAUUUUGAAUGUAACUUUCGAAGAUAUCAAUACGGAGAACAUUUCCAUUUGAAUUUCUUAACUAACAAGUUUUCGCACGCAAAAAUGUGGUUUGGUUUGAAUGCUAACCCCAUACAAUGUACACUAUCUAAUAAGUAUAGGAUUUUUAUUCUACACUUUUCAAACGUUUGUAAAAAAUUUAAAAAUUGCAUCAUUGACCCUUGCCUCUUACCGAAAUGACAAGCGUUAAUGGAAGAAUAUAUUCCGGUCUGUUGAGAAACCUACUAUUUGCCAGUAUUUUCUUAAUUAUUCUUUGGACAAUACCGAUUCAUCUGUAUUCGAAUUCUCUUCACCUAUAAUACCUUAUAAUAUCUGGCUGCCUACAUGCAUGUCCGCUUCCGUCCACCUUAAGUAAACAAUACUUCAAAUUCACCUUACAUAGUUCUUCGGAUGUAAUUCACAUUCUGUACAAAGCGUGCUAUGAUCAGAGUCUACUGAUACAUGUAUACAAACGAACACUUAAUUUUGUAUAAAUUCAAAUUUGUAUUUUUCUUAUUAAUUUCAUCAAUAACGAUGCAUGAUUUUGCUGUUGUACUGAUCAUAAGAAAAUGCGAAAUGCUACGAAGCAAAGUGAACAGAUCAAUCAACGAUUAAAAAUAGGCAGUUGAUAAAUUAAUGUAAAAUUGAUUAUAUAAUAUAAUAAAGAAGCAUAUUUCCAAACACUAA